UCUUUAUUCUCUUGCAUUUCUUCUUGCGUUCAAAUGGCUCCUUCCUCUGAGAUAAAGAACAUUAUCUACCACUGGUGAGGUGUCGGAAUUAGUAAGUGGUACCACUGACUAUGUAUGAACUUUGAUCUUUGAAGAGGGAAAGCUUGUUUAGUGUUUAUUUAUUUACUCUUAAAACUGUGUACCCAACGUCUGAUGAUGGGAUAUGAUCUUCAAGUGGCUACAAGCUGGUAGUCUUAUUUCUCCACAGUGAAAUAUCUUUCCACAUCUCUAGAGAGAGAGCCACUAAGAUAGACCAGAAAUGGAUGCGUGGGUUAAUAUGUUUCUCAGCCAUGUUUCUCUUUACUUAUUUCAUUCUUGGUUGAGUCAGCAGUAACUUUUCUUCUUGGCCAACUUUUAACCUCCAGGGAGUUUCGUGUUAAUUAUCUUGCUUGGUAUAGGAUAUAAAAUCUCUUUUUUCCAUUUCCCUUUGAGUCUGGGUUUCUAAAGGAAAAUGAUAAUGGUGCAGAAAACACAAACUUCAUCUCAUAAGUAACUAUAGUUGCAAUCUGAUGUCUGUACAGCACAGGGUUCAUCAUAUGAAAUAAUUUUCCUUGGAUACAUAAUUUGAAGCCCUGUGAAUUGAAAGUCUUGUGUAGGACUAUUGUGAACAUUAGGCUGACGCCAGCUGAUACUCUGAAAAUUAUCAGGGGUGUGUGUAGAUCUUGAAAGAGCAGUAAAUUCAAAAUGUAAUCUCUUAGGUGUGUUUUUUUUUUAAAGACUUCCUGUCUUUAUUUUUCUUGAUGUCAGUAAUCUUGUCUGUUAUCUGAACAGAUGAAGGCUGACUUUAAAAGGUGUAGCUUUUUGAAGUGGGAUAGCAGGAAUGAGGAUUGUACACCUCCUUCACAGGAGGUACUGGGGUGCAGAACAUGGUGGUUACUUUUGCUAUGGGAUUCUCUUUGGAAAAUGCCAAGCCGGAAGUAUGCUGAUGGCGAGGUGGUGAUGGGCCGUUGGCCAGGAAGUGUCCUGUACUAUGAAGUACAAGUGACCAGUUAUGAUGAUGUUGCUCAUCUUUAUACUGUCAAGUACAAAGAUGGAACUGAACUUGCAUUGAAAGAAAGUGAUAUAAGGUCUCAGUCGUCGUUCAAGCACAGGAAGAGCCAGUCAUCUUCAAGUUCUCCCUCCAGAAGAAGCACCAGCAGAUCUCGAUCCAGGUCCCCUGGUCGGCCAGGGAGAGGGAGACGUCGUUCUUCUUCCCAAAGCAGAGAACACAAAGACGACAAAAAGAAAACCAUUCAGGAAACCAGCAUAGCUCUACCAGCGAAGCCGAGUGAGAAUAACACCAAAAGGUACAACGGUGAACCUGAAAACACGGAGAAAAAUGACACAUCCUGCAUAAUCUUGGAGCAAAAGUUAAAACCAGACCUGGAAAUAAAGCAUUUUGAACAGUACAGCCUGCGUUCAAGGAAAGAUGAAAAGAAGAAAGAUGAGAUAUAUUCAGAGAAAAAGAUUUUUACGACAGUAAAAACAAUUGAGAAAGUGCCAUCGAAAACAAAGGAGCUGGAGUUUGGGGGAAGAAUUGGGACCUUCAUGCUGAUAUUUCUCCUGCCUGCUACUGUAUUCUACUUGCUGUUGAUGUGUAAACAAGAUGACCCCAGUCUUGUGAACUUCCCUCCUCUCCCAGCACUUGAAAGUCUUUGGGAGACGAGGGUGUUUGGUAUUUUUGUCCUGUGGUUUUUCCUUCAAGCUCUGUUUUACUUGCUGCCGAUUGGAAAGGUUGUAGAAGGCCUGCCUCUUUCAAAUGGAAAGAAACUACAGUACCGGAUAAAUGGGUUUUAUGCUUUUAUUUUCACUGCUGCAGCUAUUGGAAUUUUAUUAUACUUUCAGUUUGAACUUCAUUAUUUGUAUGAUCACUUCAUGCAGUUUGCAGUGUCAGCUGCAGCUUUUUCUUUGGCAUUGAGCAUUUAUCUGUAUGUUCGGUCCCUGAAAGCACCUGAGGAAGAACUAGCACCAAGUGGAAAUUCUGGGUAUUUUAUUUAUGAUUUUUUUACUGGACAUGAAUUAAACCCUCGUAUUGGCAAUUUUGACCUUAAAUACUUCUGUGAGUUGCGUCCAGGAUUAAUUGGCUGGGUUGUUAUAAACUUGGCAAUGCUCUUGGCUGAGAUGAAGAUACACAAUCUAAGUAUGCCAUCCCUGUCAAUGAUACUUGUGAACAGCUUUCAGCUUCUGUAUGUGGUGGAUGCUCUUUGGAACGAGGAAGCCGUUUUGACUACAAUGGAUAUUACCCAUGAUGGGUUUGGAUUCAUGCUGGCAUUUGGAGAUUUGGUGUGGGUUCCAUUUGUCUACAGUCUGCAGGCCUUCUAUUUAGUGGGACAUCCUAUGGUGAUUUCUUGGCCUGUUGCUGCCGCAAUUACUAUUGUGAACUGUAUUGGGUAUUACAUAUUCCGUAGUGCAAAUUCUCAGAAAAAUAAUUUCCGAAGGAAUCCCUCAGAUCCCAAAUUGGCCAAUCUGAAAUUUAUACCCACUGCAACUGGAAAAGGACUUCUUGUCACGGGUUGGUGGGGUUUUGUUCGUCACCCUAAUUAUCUCGGUGACAUCAUCAUGGCUCUAGCAUGGUCCCUACCCUGUGGUUUUGACCACAUUUUACCGUAUUUCUACGUGAUAUAUUUCAUCUGCUUGCUUGUUCAUCGAGAAGCACGUGAUGAGCAUCAUUGUAAGCAAAAAUAUGGCUUGGCAUGGGAAAGGUAUUGCCAGCGUGUACCAUACCGCAUAUUUCCUUACAUCUACUAGAGCACUCCAGAUUCCUGAUUGAUUGGAAAGUUACUUCUAAAGUUAGUUUCUUGGCAGAUAAAAAUAUACCUCUUACCUUUGCACUUGGUCAUUUGUCAUUUAGGCUUUUUUUGAAAAAAGAAAAAAAAAAAAAGGCCA